AUGUCAAAUUGUCAUUAUUUCAGUCAAAAAUGGCACAACGGACGUGGCAUAUGUUUACCGUGAUAAUUCUAAUAUUUACAGUUUUAUCACUUGUCGGAGAUGUUUUCUCACAAUCGGCGGCGCCCUGGUACGAGAAUAUGCCAGCGGUGACCAUGGACUACAAAGUACACAUCGACGCGGGCAAGGAAGAUUGUUACUAUCAAUAUGUUCCGGCGGGUGCUACAUUUUACGCCAGUUAUCAGGUGUUGAAAGGCGGUGAUGGCAUGUGCGGUUUCGCCGUGCGGCACCCUAACGGUCAGAUAGUGCACCCGUACGAGUGGCGGCAGAGCGCCGAGUACGCAGACCAGACGUCUUCUGGAGGAUACUAUGCAGUGUGCAUUGACAACCAGUUCUCAAGAUUUGCAGGGAAACUAGUCAAUUUAUAUCUGUCAGUGAUCAGAUACGAUAUGUGGGAGAAGUAUGCCAAGGAAGUGGAGGAACUUGACAUGAAUAUAAAGAACUUUACUACGUCCAUUCAGUUUGUGGAGAGGAAUAUCAAUGAUAUUCUGCAGUACCAGUACCACUCCCGAGCUCGGGAAUCCCGAGACUACAACUUGUUGCAAGACAAUAACGUUUAUGUUCUCAGGUGGUCUGUAAUCCAAAUCCUGGCUAUAGCAGCCACAGCAACAUUACAAGUGUACUUCGUGAGAAAGCUGUUCGAAGUGAAGGAGAACUCUUCAAAAACAAGAAUUUGAUCACAUCAAGCAAGAAGACAAUAUAUACUGUUACUGUUCCCUUGACUGAUCUUCCAUUCCAAUCUGAAAUUAGUGUUGAUCUCUCUUCUUUUUUCAUCAUUGUGUUAUAGCUUGUUAUUUGUUUCAUUGGUGCAUAAUAUUAGACAAUAGUUAAGCUCAAGCUCGGUUAUUUGUAGGAGUCAUAGAAUAUGUAGCAAGUAAUGGGGCCUAACUUAUCCUAUCAGUUUAUCGUUCCUUUCUGAGAUUAUUUCUAGAGAUUUUAGUUUCCUCACCAAAUGUUACUUCUUACUUUGUAUCUGUUCUUUAGUCGAGUAGUAACAUUAAAAACGCGCACAAUUUUAGUUUUAGUUAAGUAACUACAAUCGCUUUUUGCAUUUUUAUAAAAAAAGACAGAAAAUUGUUUUAUCUUUGAUGUAAUCGAUAAGUUUAACCUUUCAGAGUUUAUUUUAUCUAAUUGUUUAUUGAAAGAUCUGAUUAUAUUAACGAUUUAUUUUAUUUUUGAUAAUGUUUGCAUUUUUAUUAUUUAUUUGCUAUUUUGACGAUUAUAUUUUUAGUUAAUAACAAUUUGUUUAAGCAAGAAAUAGACGCAGCGUGUUUGAAUUAAUGAAUGACCAACUUAUUAUAAUAAACUGAGAAGUUAAGUACUUA